GUUCAAACUUCAAAGGAACAAUCUUGCUUACUCCACAAGAGCUCUAGUUAUCUGUCCUCUGACUCUGUUUCCAUGGCUUCAAUGUCCCUCUCACUUUCUUGUUCCAUUCUUCCAUCUCCCAUUCUCCACACCAAACCCAAACCCAACACCAACCUCACAACCCUCGUCUCAGUUUCAGCGUCGAAAACCUCUGUCUCUGCAUCUUCUACCCGAAAACCCGCUCCGGCACCGAAGCCCCCGAAAGUAAGAGAAUUUCCCCAAACAUUGUUUUUUGAGAAUCUGGAAAAGACACGAAUUAAGAAGAAGAAAAAGAUGAAGGAGGAAACGAAGAGUGGUAAGGCUUGGGUCCACUCUCUCCCCGAAGUCUUAUCCUAUCGAAUUCACAAGAGGCACUGGAGCAUAGCCCUUGAGUUAUUUGACAUGCUUAGAGAGCAACCCUAUUACCAACCAAGGGAAGAUACUUACAUGAAACUCAUUGUGUUGCUUGGAAAAUCCAGUCAACCGCUUCGUGCCCAUGAGCUGUUUAACUCUAUACACGAAGAUGGUUGUGGAAGUACUGAACUUUACACAGCCUUAAUUGCAGCAUUUUGCCAGAACAACCUGGUUGAUGAGGCGUUGUCAAUUCUUGAUGAGAUGAUGAACCUCCCCAGUUGCCAGCCUGAUAUUUUCACUUACAGUACCUUGAUAAAAGCUCUUGUGGAUUCUUUAAAAUUUGAAAUGGUAGAGUUGCUGUUUGAUAAAAUGGCUAAAAGAUCUAUUGUGCCAAACACUUACACCCAGAACCUCAUCCUGAGUGGUUAUGGUAAGGCUGGGAGGUUUGAUCAGAUGGAGAAAAUAGUGUCAAGUAUGAUGGAGGGCACUACUUGCAAGCCUGAUGUUUGGACAAUGAACACAGUCAUCAGUGUCUUUGGUGAUAAGGGUCAGAUUGAUAUAAUGGAGAAAUGGUAUGACAAAUUUUGUAGUUUUGGGAUACAACCUCAAAGGAGCACGUUUAAUAUUUUAAUUGCAGCUUAUGGUAGUAAAAGAAUGUAUGACAAAAUGUCAUCAGUUAUGCAGUGUAUGCGCAGGGUAAAAUGUCCAUGGACAACCUCAACUUAUAACAACGUGAUUGAGGCAUUUGCGGCUGUUGGUGAUGCUGAAAACAUGGAACGUGCAUUUGAUCAAAUGUAUGCUGAGGGUUUGAAAGCAGAUACUAAGACUUUCUGCUUUCUUAUUAAUGGCUAUGCUAAUGCAGGUAUCUUCCAUAAAGUAAUCAGCAGUGUUAGUUUGGCUGAGAAGCUUCAGAUAUGUGUGAAUACAUCCUUUUACAAUGCAAUCAUAUCUGCAUGUGCAAAGGAAGAUGCUUUGACGGAAAUGGAAAGAUUUUUCAAGCAUAUGAAAGAAAAAGAAUGUCAUCCAGAUAACACAACAUACUCUGUCAUGAUUGAAGCAUACAGAAAAGAAGGUAUGAAUGACAAAAUACACUAUUUGGAGCAGGAAAAACGGAUGAUGAUGUCUGAUGACAAAAAAUUGAAUGAGACUGAGGACUGAGGCGGAAAUCCUUGGUUGAGUUGUUGUUUAGAAGCCAGGCUGCUAAUUCAUCUGCCUCUCCUCCAUCCUUUUGAAGUAGAGGUUGAGAGUUUUUUAAUUUGAUGUGAAAGAAUCAACCAGUUGGGUAGUCAUGCUUCUUUUUUUCACAAUGAGUGAUGACUCCUACCUAAUUUGAUGUAGGUUUAUAGUAAAUAUAGCCGGUAUCAUUUUGUGUUUUGAUGCCGAUAUAUGUAUGGUUCUUCUGAUAUGCAAUGGAAUCUUGAACACCUGAAAAUGACAAUAAAGUUUUGGUGACAAUGAAAUUUCUUUUGAAAGCAAAAGCAUACAUUUGACAA